AGUUGCAAAUCCUACACUGUUGGUGUUGCAAGUGUUGCUAAGAUACCAAACAACAAAAUGUCAUCGUCAUCCAACUACAAUACCAGUACUCCACCAUACAAUGGCAGGCUUGGUUACAAUGCAGGGUCGUCAUGGUGUUCUGCUACGUCAGACUCUUUUCCAUACCUACAAAUUAACCUGAACACACCUUAUGUCAUUUGUGGUGUGUCAACACAGGGUGACCACAUGUCCAACCAAUGGGUGCAGGCUUACUAUGUACAGACAUCAAGUGAUGGCAGGUCAUUCACUGACUACAAACAGAAUAACAUUGUUAAGGAAUUUGCUGGUAACAUCGAUCCCAACACAAUUGUUCAAAACCUGCUGUACGAGGGAACUGUUGGUCAGUACGUCCGCAUACGACCUAAGAGUCAUUAUGGAUCUACAAGCUGUAUGAGAACAGAACUGUAUGGUUUACCACAGACUACAGUUUGUUCAAGAAUUUCCACUGGUAUAUCGUCUCCAACUAUUGUUCCUGAUCACCGAUUUACUGCAAGUUCAUAUUAUAGUAGCGAUUUUGUACCAAGCAAUGCCAGGCUUAGGAAGAACAAUGUAGCCUGGGAACCUGCAAAGGGCAAACAACCUGGUUCCUGGCUGCACAUAGAUCUUGGUUCUGUGGUGUAUAUUUGUACGGUUGCAACUCAAGGGAAUGGCCAUUCUGCCAAUGAAUAUGUCAAGAAAUACAAGCUCAAAACAUCAAGUGAUAAUAUUAAUUGGAAAUAUUACCAGGAAAAAAAUGCAGACAAGAUAUUUACAGGGAAUACAAAUAAAAACGACAUCGUAACAAACACUCUGACAAUUCCAACUAGAGCUAAGUUUAUAAGAUUUUACCCUGUGGACUGGAAAGGUUAUGCAGCGAUGAGGGUUGAAAUCUAUGGUGUACCGUUAGCUUGCAAAAAACCAUUUGGUCUUGAAAAGGGUGGCAAGUUGGGGGAUAUCAAGAUAACGUCAUCAUCUACAGUAGACAAUUCCCAUGAUGCAUCUGAUGGACGUCUCUAUGGUAAUACAUCAUGGUGCAGUAGUACGUCAUCAAACUCAGAGUACAUACAGAUUGACUUUGGAAAGAUGGUUACACUGACUGGUAUAGCUACACAGGGUGACCACACCAUGGAUAAAUGGGUCAAGACUUACAUCAUCAAAUACAGUAUCAAUGGAAUCCAAUGGAAUGAUCACCGAGAAGACGGAAAUAGUGCCGAGAUCUUUCAAGGAAACAGUGACAGAAGUAGUAUUGCAGUCCGAUGGUUAAGUCACCCACUCACAGUAAGAUAUAUCAAAGUGCAUCCCCAGACCUGGAAUAAUGCAGUGUGUAUGAGAAUUGAAGUCUUUGGAUGCAACUAUCCUUCUGCUCCAGAGAUAACCGAACUGUCAAAUAAAAACCUUACAGCAUCAAGUGGUAGCUAUGUCGAGUUGACGUGCCAGGUAAAGGAACCAUUAAUUCAGUACAUUGAAUGGUAUUCUAAUGGUACUGAUGUAACAAGUCUUUCUGGUGGUAUAACGCGGGAUGUUACCUCUGUCAAGUCUGUGCUACGAGUAAACUAUACCAAUGCUAUUGAUUUAACCAGGAAAUACCAGUGUUUCAAUGAGGUAAAUAUUAUGGUAUGCCGACGGAACUACGUGUGUAAGUCAAAGUAUGGAAAACAGAAUAGUGAAGCAGAUUCUGUGAAAAGUGCGCAGGUCCAAGUUAUUCUUGACACGUGUCCUGUUCUUCCAUCGCCAUUGCUUUAUGUUUUUGCCAAGUCAGUGAUCGUUAUCUGGACUUAUCCCGUCAAUUCAUAUGUUAAAACUGUAAUGGUCAAGUACUGGAAUCAUCAAAUAACAAAGACUGUGAAUGCAUCGUAUCCUGCUACUAAUUUAACCACAACUGGUUUAUCACCUUGUACGUACUAUAAUGUGACUAUCAAGGCUGUCAGUGAACUGGGUAAUGGACCAUGGACUACAAUCAGGAAUUUCAGAACAGACUCGGAAUUACCAAAAGUUGCCCCCAGUGGUGUUAGUGCACGAGCGAAGACGUCUCAAAGCAUACUAGUUACAUGGAAGGUUCCCGCUGGAAUCAGUUGUUCUCCCAAUGGAUACAAAGUUGUCUUCACAACUGCACCAGGGCGACCUGGUCAAAGCGUUUUUGUCAGUGGUUUUCAAAACACAUCGUAUACGUUGACUAACCUGAAAAAGUGGACUGAAUAUUUCAUCCUUGUUCAAGUUCACAAUAAGAAAGGAGAUGGUCCACUAAGUACUGUUGUAAAGGAACGUACCUUGGAAGACGCACCUGAUGCAGCACCAGAUAAUUUCCAGGUAAGACCUAUCAACUCCACGAGUGUUCGUCUUUCCUGGAAUUUACCACCUGGAAAUCAGCAAAAUGGUAUUAUCAGGGGGUUUAAAGUUUAUUAUUACAAAGCGUUUGCCAUCUCCUGUCCUCCUGGGGAAAGUCCUCAGAUCAACAUUCUCUGGAACAAGACCUUUCAUUAUGUACUGGGAAAUCUCGCCACGAACACUGAGUAUACGUUCAAGAUACUGGCCUAUACCAUCAAAGACGGUCCUUACUCAAAGGAAAUCACACAAAAAAGAAACCAAAUUGCUGUCACCGAUGUGUCAUCAGGAAGAACGCUAAGUUAUAUUCUCGGUGCGAUAAUCGCGGUACUGAUUGCGAUCAUCAUCGCAUUGCUGUUUUACAUUCGACAAUUGAGAAAUCAUAUCAACGAUUCUCAAAGCAAAUCAAAGAGGUAUUAUAUAAAUACUACAUAAGAAAGAUAAAAACUGCGCAUGUAUGUCGUCAAACUAUAGUUUCAUCUGGUGAAUAAAACGAAAGAAUUCUACACUCUUGGCAGUGCGGAAAAUGCAUCGUUUUCCCCUAAAGAUGGAGCGAACAAAACGUCGAUAAGAACUCGCAUC